AUGAAGCAGUGUAAGAGCCGGGGGCGCGACUGCGUCUACAAACCGAGCAGAAGAGGAGGCGCUCGUGUGAGGCGGAAACCGCGGCCGGUUGAUGAACUGGCUCAGCAGAACCCGGGCUUCAAUGGCGACAUGCCCGUCGAUGAAGCCACUCCUCAAGACCCCAUAUCCCUCCAGAACUACAUCGACCCUGGAGCAGGCCUGAAGCAGCUUCAAGACUUUUUCCAGGACAGCGAUUUCAUCUUUGACACCUUGUUCAUGUCUGGCGUGCCCGGAAGCACCAGCGGCGAGAGCGCAUCGGAAGCCUCUUUCAACUUUCCCACUCCCCCAGUUCCUGUCGCCAGGACAUACAAGAGCGACCAAGCCAUUCUGGAUGCCUACUACAUCUUCAUUCACCCUUUCUUUCCGAUUCUCCCUCCGCCUAGCGGUCUGCCCAUCGACCAGGCUGUACCGCACUUCCAGAAUGACACGGAAACAUUCCAGGACGAGUACCAGCCCUCGACCCCGGUUAGCUUGGCUAUAUCCGCCAUCUUGGCUCUGAUUCCAUGCGCCAACGACACCAACCACUUAAGCAAGGAGUCUGUAGUUUUUAGACGUCGUUACGCCCAGUACCUGGCACAAUGCGCUGUCGAGAGCAUCGAAAUCGAGUCCGAAAUCCCCGACUCAUCCAUCGAGCCACCAAAGGCCCUGAACGAAUCGCCAGAUGAUUUUCCCCGGCAGCAGUUCCACCCUGGCGUGCCAUUGGAGCUGGAAAGCGUCAUCGCGUUGGACAUUCUGAGCGUCUACGAGUAUGCACAGAGAGGCAACUUGAAGAAGAUGCAAGCGAGGGCGGGCCAGGCACUGGUAUCCGCCAUGUCCCUAGGAAUCCACGCCUGCACCGAGGACGACAUUUUUGCCGAGGCUCGACGAAGAGUCUGGUGGAUGACGGAGCCGACCUUUUCAGUGUUUACGCCGAGCUACACGACCAAGUACCCGACCAUCCAAUCAGACCCUGAGGCCUUUGCCGUGUAUAUUCAGGCCCAGCAGGCUAUCCUGUCGGCAACACAAUUCGUGAUUGAAUUGAACAAGACGGUCAAGAGUGGUGGCGACAUGACGCGCAUCUACGCGAGGAUGAAGGAGAUGGAGCAAUACUUGGAGCCCCUCAACACGGUUGCAGAUUCGUGGAUACUGCAGUCCACCACGACGACGCCACUCGAUCCCACUGAGGAGAUCCUUUCCCGGUCUCUCAGCGCGCGGAUCAAGAUCCACCGCUACUGUGCCUUCUUUGACAUGCCCGUGUUUUCAGGAAAGCACUGCGACUUGAAAUCCAAGACCGACAAUGACAACGGCAUCGAGCCCAAGUCGUGGCCUUCGUGCUCCUGUAGCACAAUGAUGACCCUACCUUCGCCGCCAGUGACUAGCUCAAAUGGAACAGCCUCGCCACCAAACUCGGGAAAGAGAUCUCCUCAGUCGGACCACUCACCCAAUGGGAGCCCGCUGGCGACUUUUCCUUUCAGCAGCCACCAGUCGGCUAAGAUUUGCCUCAAAGCGGCUAUCAACAUUGCUAAUUCGUUCGACGACUUGCCAUACCCGAACCCCUUUGGCCAGCUCUGCCCUGCGCCGUGUUAUCUGGCGCCCACGUCGACUAUUGUGUGCCCUAGGACCAUGCCUUCCUUCGCUUGCUGCGCCAUGCAGUGCGCGUAUGCAUUGCUGAUGGUCAACCACAAAACAAAGGCCAUGUAUCCCGAGAAUGCCCUGACAACCCCGAUGGUGGAGAGCUUGCUUUUGCGCCUGCAGACGGGCUUGGCCUCCAUCUCCGCGACGCUUGAAAACUAUGCUACGGCCUUUGAGGCCCUCGGCGGGAUGCGCGGUGAGACAAACCCCUUGCAAUCUAUCUAUCGGGAGCCGGAUUUCGCCACGCUCGCCGUCCACGGUGGCCAAGAGCCGGAUCCCGUCAACGGUUCAAGAGCGGUCCCUCUGUAUCAGACAGCCGCCUACAACUUUUCCGAUGCUGCCGAUGGCGCCAGCAAGUUUGCAUGGAGCAAAGAUGGCUACGUCUACACGCGCAUGGGCAACCCGACCAACAGCGUCUUCGAGUCACGCAUGGCGAUGCUCGAGGGCGGCGUCGGUGCCGUCGCCGCCGCCUCGGGCCACGCCGCGCAGUUCAUGGCCCUCACGAAUUGCUGUGAGCCAGGCCAGAACUUUGUGAGCACCAGCUGGCUGUACGGCGGCACCUACAACCAGUUCCGAGUAUACAUGAAGAAGUUCCAUAUCGACGUCAAGUGGGUUGUGGGCAACGAGCCUGCCGACAUUGACGCGGCCAUCGACGAGAACACGCGGUGCGUCUACAUCGAGACGAUCAGCAACCCGAAGCACAGCGUGCCCGAUAUCAAGGCGAUUGCGGACGUCGCACACAAGCAUGGAAUCCCGCUCAUCGUCGACAACACGUUUGGCAUGGGCGGCUACCUGUGCCAGCCCAUCAGGCAGGGCGCCGACAUUGUCACGCACUCCUGCACCAAGUGGAUCGGCGGCCACGGCACGUCCAUGGGAGGCAUCGUCAUCGACGGCGGCCACUUUGACUGGAGCGCCUCGGGUAAGUUCCCAGGAUUCACGGAGCCGGCGGACGGAUACCACGGGCUGAAGUUCUGGGACACAUAUGGAUACAAGGCUCUCUCAGCCAAGGUUCGCAUGGACAGCAUGCGCGACUUGGGACCCUGCAUGAGUCCCUUCAACGCGUGGCUCUUCCUGCAAGGACUCGAGACUCUCGCCCUUCGAGGACAACGCCACGCGGAGAACACACAGAAGCUGGCCGAGUGGCUCGAGGCGCAUCCCAGCGUUAACUGGGUGCUCUACCCCGGCCUCAAGUCGCACCCCGACUACGAGUACACCAAGAAGGUCCUUACUAACGGCGCAGGCGGCGUCCUGACCUUUGGCGUCGCCGGCAACAUUGACCAAGUGCGCGCCGUCGUCGACAACCUCAAGCUGUGCUCGCACCUCGCCAACGUCGGCGACGCCAAGACGCUCAUCAUCCACCCGUGGGUGACGACGCACCAGCAGCUGCCCGACGAGGAGAAGAUCAAGGGCGGCGUGACGCCGGACCUCAUCCGCGUGUCGGUCGGCAUCGAGGGCUUCGAGGACAUUAAGAAGGACUUUGAGCAGGCAUUCGCGGCUGCCGGGCUGCCGGCGGCGGUGAAGACGGGCGGGGACCCGUUUGCGGCGGCGCUGAACCUCGUGUCGGGCGGGUUCAUGGGGAAGAGCUCGACGGGCGCGCCGAGACCCGGGACGGACGGCACGGUGCAGGUUAGUGCUUGA